ACUUGUUUACAAAAUUGCUCAAUAAUUAAGGACUACUUUGCUCUCUAAAGUUGUCCACCUGCAGUCGCAAAAUAUGCUUCUUCAAUUGUUAUGGAGAAUCCUAUUACUCCUGAAAUGACAGUAGGCCAAACCUAGCAUCCAAUGGAGCCUCUACAAAUGACAGAAGAAAUACAAAACUGGAUGCACAAGGCUUUUCAAAUGGCCCAAGAUGCCUUGAAUAAUGGAGAGGUUCCGGUUGGCUGCCUUAUGGUUUAUGACAACCAGGUUGUUGGAAAAGGAAGAAAUGAAGUUAACGAAACCAAAAAUGCCACGCGACAUGCAGAAAUGGUUGCAAUUGAUCAAGUGCUGGAUUGGUGUGAAAAGAACAGCAAGAAAUCCAGAGACGUGUUUGAAAAUAUAGUUCUGUAUGUAACAGUAGAACCCUGCAUUAUGUGCGCUGGUGCUCUGCGUCUACUCACCCGCUUGUGGUAUAUGGCUGUCGGAAUGAACGAUUCGGAGGCUGUGGAUCAGUGCUUAAUGUUGCUGGUGAUAAUAUACCUGAUACAGGAACCGAAUUCAAGUACAUUGGUGGAUACCAAGCUGAGAAAGCUGUUGAAUUGCUCAAAACAUUCUACAAACAAGAAAAUCCUAAUGCUCCAAGAUCAAAAGUGCGUAAAAAGGAGUAAAAUAACUGACUGAAACCUCCCAAUGUUCUUUUCAAAUCUGCAUUAUUUAUUUUCUGUUAAAACUGUUAAGGUAAUUUACAGUGGUGAAUUCUGCACUAAACAACUAAAAAUAUCAACUAUCCAGAGGUAACUUUAGUCAAGUAAGAAGAGAUACAUAAUAAACCAAUACUAAAUUGAUUUUAGUUGCACUUAUUGUGGUGUCACAGGAACCAAUGUUGGUUUAAAUUUAGAAUUACUGCAUGAAUGGCCAGUAGAGGUCACCAGUACAGUGCAUAAACAGGAAAACACUAAAUAUGGCACAGUUUAGUCCUGUGCACUAGGCUUAAGACAUGUGUCACAUACAGUAAAUACUGUAACAAGUUAUGCAAACACUGCCUGCCAGCACUGCAUGAAGGGUGAGAAUACUAAAUAAAUGCUGAAUUAUA